AUGGCUACCCGAAAGAUCACUUGGGAAGCCUUGAUGCCCCACAGAAAUGCUUUACCAGAGACUUCUGAGCUGGACCGGAAGCAGCACUUAUUUGCCGGACUUCUUCGAAAAUAUGGACGCUUACUGGCGUCUUUCAAGGGGAAGAUGGCGGAGCAACAGCAAAGAGACGCAAUAGAGCUACUGUGGCGUCAGGGUUGCAAACUUCAAGCAUUGCUGGGCAAAGUGACACUCUCCGUGGUGUUGUACCGUCAGAAUCGUCUCGAGGAGGCAUACGAGCUGCUGAUGGAGAUACGCGACGGGGUCGUGAUAUAUGCCGACCCAGAAGACUGGCCUGACUCAACCCAUAACUUUCUUAAUUUUGAGGAUGAAUGCAUUCGCCUCGCGAGAGGAAUCUACGGCUUGGUCACCUCCCAAUCGCAUGAAAGGAAGUCGGCUUUGCAGCAAUUGAGGGCUGCGUGCACUCUAUACGAAUUCAACGGUACCCUCAAGCUCUACAAAGAUGGGGCUAUGCUGACGUACAUGAAUGAGAUCGAAAGCCCGAGGGAGCAUUUCGUAACGUGGAAGGAAGCAGGAAAUGGAUCGGAGAAAACUAGGUUCGACGCCACCAAGAACUCUUAG